UCGUCCGACCCCGACUGCCGGAAUCUUCUGUCUUCCUUCUCCCUUUCAACUGUCUGGAGUUCGAUUUACGAGCUCGAAAUUCGGAGGUGUAUAUGCUGAUGGACGGAAUUUGAUCGGUUAAUCGGAAAUGGGGAGGAAUUGGGAGCACUUGGCCAUGAAAACCGACGAUUGGACCGCUGCCGAUUUCACCGGAAACGGUGGCGGUGCCGACGAUCAGCUGAAGGUUGCCGCUCAGACGCUCAUCAACAGCGCCGCCACUCUCGGGAGCUUGGCCUUCGGCACUUCUUUCCUUAAAUGGGUGGCCUCCAUCGCCGCCAUAUAUUUGCUGGUAUUGGAUCGGACCAACUGGAGAACAAAUAUGCUGACCUCACUCUUGAUCAUUUACAUAUUCUUCAGUCUUCCUUACGUCAUAUUCAACUUCCUGAGGGGCGAGGUAGGGAAAUGGAUCUCUUUCAUUGCUGUUGUAUUGAGGCUUUUCUUCCCCCGGCACUUUCCUGAGUGUCUAGAUAUGCCCGUGUCAUUGAUUCUUCUUCUCGUGGUUGCCCCGAGCUUCUUCGCACGCACACUGAAGAACAGCUGGGUGGGAGUCGUGAUAUGCCUCCUUAUCGGGUGUUACUUGCUGCAAGAGCAUAUUCGGGCCUCAGGUGGAUUCAGGAACUCUUUCACACAGCGACAUGGAGUAUCCAACACCAUGGGGAUCAUCCUUCUCUUAGUAUAUCCUGUUUGGACUCUGAUAGUCGACGUCAUUUAGAAGUUUUCUGUGAGCUACUGUGAUUUCCAAUGGAUGAAUGUUCAAGGGGACGUAUCUUUUUUGACAUAAUCGAGUUUUACCCCCUCCAUCAGUCACAUAUCUUCAGUUACUUGUGCAAAA